AUGAUUGAUCUGACCACAAAAUACAGUAGAAUACGAGCAGUGAUUUCCCAAAACACGGCUACUGCAGCUAAUGCUUUAUGGAGAGAAACACUGCUGGGAAUCCGGGAAGCUAAAUCCUUACCUCUUUUAAUCUUUUCCAAAAAUCAGAACAUGGAGAACAACUUUAAUGGGCAGCCCAGUGAAAACUCAAUCUACUCUGGGAUCAGGGUCAGCACCAACCCAAGGGAUGGGUCUGAGGCCUGGAAAACCAUCUGGGACUUCGAGGCUGGCUACGUUGCAACCAAGGUGUUUUCAAAGAACACCUGCAUCAUUGCUACAACCAGCAAGAGGUUUUGGCUUGGCAAACCCUUUCCUACACCACCUCCAGGAGACAAGGUACUUGGGCCUUACCAACUGCCACCCAGAGAGAAUCGCUUCAUUAUCUCCAGGAACAAACUCCAAAGCUUGAGCCCGUAUGGAAAACGCAUCCAAGCCCUGUGCAGUGGAAUUCCCUCCUACCUUGCUUACCCAGCUCCUGGAUCAAACUUUUUAAGGGGAUCAAACUUCUCAUCAGGAUGA